UGUCUGGGCCACUCGUAGUCCCACACAAGCAAGGCGCAAGCAACGCGCGGCACACUACCGGCAGGCCGAGCAGAGAGUUAACUGGAUUUCGCGCACAGGGAUAGAACAGCAGCGCUAGGAGCACCACUUCGACUGGCGCCGAUCUAGGUCCACACAUCACCAUGGCGCCCGUCGAGGCCGUAAUUUCGGGGAUCGGGGGAGCAUUCCCACAGAGUGAAGGCCUGCAAAACUUUAUCGACAACCUGCUCGAUGGAAAGAACCUUUCUUCAGUCGACGACCUUCGCUGGAAACCGGGUCUGCUGGGAACCUCUCCUCACGUCGGCAAGAUCGCCAAUACGCAUCGCUUCGACAACAACCUCUUCAAAGUGCACAGGCCGCUCGCUCGCCUCAUGGACCCCAUGGCCCGUCUCAUGCUGGAGAGGUCCAUGGAGGCUGUUCUGGACGCAGGAUUGGCACCCAAAGAUAUAGAAAACACGUACACAAGUGUCUUCAUGACGACGACUGUGUCGGAGUCGGAGUCAAGGACCACCUCAAUCCUGCACGCGAAAAAGGACUCCGGGUACGCCAUCAUGGCCGGCAGCAAGACGAUGAUGUCCAACAGAAUUUCGUACUGCCUCAACCUCAACGGCCCCAGCGUCACCCUGGACGGCGACUGGACCGUGGCGAUGGUGGCGCUGCAGCGCGCUGCCCACUCCAUCGAGACCGGCGAGAGUGACUUCGCCCUGGUCGGCGCCGCCAACACCUGCUUGUUCCCGGAGCUGAACAAGAUCUACGAGAACCUGGGCGUCCUGUCCACGGACGGCCUGUGCCGCGUUCUGGACGAAAGCGCGACCGGCUGCUUCCGCUCCGAGAGCGCCGUGGUGUUCCUGCUGCAGCGCGCCGACCUGGCCAACAGGGUGUACGCCAGGGUCGGCGGCGUCAGAGAGGUGUGCCGCGGCACUCGCUCCAGGUUCCUCGGCGUCGACACGCUGGCCCUGUCGCCGCUCAUGGAGGACCUGUACCGGGAGAAGAGCGUGGACGUCAACAACGUCGCCCUGCUCACCUCCGACGGCAUUUCCAUCCCGGAGAUCGAGCGCGACGAGAUGGAGGCCUCCGCCGCGGUGCUGUGCCGCACGCGCUCGGGGCUGCCCGUGUCCGCGGCCAAGGCGGUGGCGGGGCACGGCGACGCGGUGGGCGCGCUCAUCAGCAUCAUCCACUCCAUCGCCGCCAUGGAGCGCGGCGUCAUCCCGCCCCUCAAGGACUUCACCACGCCGCACCCCGACGCGACCGCCCUCCAGGACGGCAGGGUGCAGGUGGUGAAGGAGGUGCAGCCCGUGGCGCUGGACGAGAGCUCCGUGCUGGCCGUCAACGCCCUGGGCUACUCGGGCUGCAUCGCGCACUCCAUCUUCAGGCCCAACACCAAGGUCAAGGUGCCGCCCAGCGAGGAGAGCAAGCAGUACCCCAGGCUCGUGGUGGUGUCCGGCCGAACCGAGGACGACGCCGUGAGCGUGGUCGAAAAGGUCAUCGACACGCCGUUCGACCCCGAGUUCAUCCGCCUGACCCAGCAGGCCUUCUCCAAGCCCAUCAUCGGCUACACCGCCCGCGCCAUGACCAUCCUGCCCUCGGACGAGCCCGGCAUGCGACCCCUCAUCGCCAGCAAGGAGGCUGACGCCAAAGACAGGCCGGUGUGGUUCGUGUACUCGGGCAUGGGCAGUCAGUGGGCCGGCAUGGGCAAGGGCUUGCUCAAGCUGCCCAUCUUCGCGGAGACCAUCGCGCGCCUGCAGCCCAUCCUGGAGCCCGAGGGCAUCAACCUCACCAAGACCCUCACCACCGACGACAGCAGCCACUUCGACAACAUUAUCCACGCCUUCAUCAGCAUCGCCGCCAUCCAGAUAGGGCUGACGAACGUGAUGCGUGAGCUGGGCGUGGAGCCCGACGGCAUCAUCGGGCACUCCACGGGGGAGCUGGGCUGCGCGUACGGCGACGGCUGCAUGUCCGAGGAGGAGGUGCUGAGGGCGGCGUACGCGCGCGGCAAGGCCUCGCUGGAGAAGCCUCUCAUCAGGGGCAUGAUGGCCUCCAUCGGCAUGAGCUGCGCCGAGGCCGAGGCCGUGCUGCCCCCCACCAUCGACGUGGCCUGCCACAACUCGGCCGACAACUGCACCAUCUCCGGGCCCACGGCCGACGUGGACCAGUUCGUGGAGGAGCUCAAGGAGAAGAACGUGUUCGCGCGCACCGUUAACGUGUCCAACAUCGCGUUCCACAGCAGAUACGUCCAGCCCGCCGGCCCGGUCCUCGAGAGCUACCUCCGCAAAGUCAUAAAGACACCCAAGAAGCGGUCGGCGCGCUGGGUGUCGUCCUCCAUCAACCCGGGCGACGAGAACAAGCCCGAGCUGGCGUAUGCGAGCGUCGAGUACUUCACCAACAACCUGCUGAGCCCCGUGCGCUUCGAGGACGCCAUGAAGAGCGUGCCGGCCGGGGCCGUGGUGGUGGAGCUGGCCCCGCACGGCCUCAUGCAGCCCCUCAUCCGCAGGGGGCUGCCUGAGGGCGCCGCCACCUUCUCGCUCACCCAGAGGGGCCACCGCGACGGACUCAGGUUCCUGCUGGAGAGCGUUGGGAAACUGUUCAUGGAGUGUGUGCCCGUGAAGCCUUGGGUGCUGGCUCCCGAGGUCUCCAUGCCCGUUUCGCGAGGCACGCCAAGUUUGAACACUCUCGCGUCGUGGGACCACCGAGAGGAGUGGCCACUCGUCAUCAACACCAGGAGCCAAACGACCCGGCCGCGCACCGUGCCGCUGUACCCCGAGACGACGGCGUGCAUCGCCCAGGCCGGCAAGCGCUGCGCCGCGCCCUCCACCUUCCUGGAGAUCGUCUGGAAGGAGCUGGCCGACAACAAGCCCCUCGUGUCGUGCCCCGUCAUCUUCUCCGACCUGGAGUUCAUCAACCCGGUCGAGUCGUCCGCCAAAGAGAACAUGGUGGUGGAGCUGCAGCUGCAGAGGGAGACGGGCUGGUUCGAGAUGGCACUGUCGGCCGAGGACGACAACUCCAUGCCCUGCAUCGUGAAGGGCGUGGUGCAGGCGGCCCAGCCCGAGGACCUGCUGGGCAUGGCCUCGGUGCACGCCGCCGACCUGGACGUGCCCAAGGGCACCCUCACCCUGGAAGGGGACGACAUCUACGACGAGCUCCAGGACUACGACAUCAAAUACGACGACGAGCUGAGGGUGCUGCAACGGGUCUCCUUCAAGGACAACGCCACAUCGGGCGUGUCUCGCUGGGGAGGCAGCUGGCACCGCCUCAUCGACAGCCUGUUCCAGCUGGCCAUCGUCACGGACAAGCAGGGCGACAUCUUUUGCGGCAAGAUCCGUAAGCUGACCAUCGCGCCGCAGGGGAUGCGCGCCGUGAGCAACGCGCUGCCCAUCCGCCACGACAUCGACACCGGGGUGCUGGUCGGCCCGGGCGUCAACAUCGUGGGCUACCGCCGCGCCGAGACCAAGGCCAGCACCGCCAUGUCCGUGCUCGACGUGGCCGUGCGCCCCCUCAAGACAGCGCAUCACGACACGGCCGAGUUCCUGCAGUCGGUGGCCAUGCUGCGCGUGCAGAACAGCGACACGGCCGAGGACUUCAGCGUGCUGGUGCUGGAGGAGGAGUGCGACGCCGUGGCCUCCGCGCUGCAGCAGGCCAUCCGCGAGGUGGUGGGCACCGCCACGCAGGUCCGCAAGGUGCUGCUGCGGCCCGGCGCGCCGAUCCCCAAGGAGGUGGCCGGCGCCGUCGUCCUGGUCACGGACUUCCGGUCCAAGCAGACGGCCAGGGUGAUCGAGCACCUCGAGGGCACGGCCUCCAUCAGCAGGCCCAUGGCGCUGCGCUGUGGCGUACGCACCGGUCUGGACGGCUUCGUGCAGCUCACCACCAACACCUCGGCGGACGGCUCCCUGUCGCUGCUUAUUGAGUCCCACGACAUGUCGGAGGAGGAUACUCGCGUAGUGCACGUGAAGACCGACGAGCCCGUGCCCGCAGACCUGGAGGUGCCCGUCAACGGCAAGGUGGUCCUGGUGUGGAAGGGACUGCCCAGGGAGGGCGUCCUCGGGGCCGUGGCCAGCGUACGCGGCAAACCCUACGGCGCCAGAGCACGAAUCGUCGUCAUCGCGGACAACGAUGCUCCCGAGUUCUCCUUAACCAAGGGCAUCUUCAAGGAGCGUCUCGACCUGGGCCUGAUGGUCAACGUCCUCCAGGACGGCCGCUGGAGCGAGUGCCACAUCACCAAGUUCAGCGACGUCCCACCAAUCCCGACAAGGAUUGAGGGAACCCAGGUGCACUACCUCGGACUCCACGCUGCUGACGAUUUAACGACCAUCCGCGGUCCGUUCGACUACAGCGGUCUGCGCGGCGGCGCACGCGUCAUGGGCCUGGCCCAGUCGGCCCAGGGCGUCUCCGCCGUGGCGGACGACAUCCUGCAGUGGUCGGUGCCCGCCGAGUGGAGCGACCAGGAGGCCGCCACCGUGCCCCUCGCCUACGCCAUGGCGUACCACAUGCUCAAGGUGCUGGCCAAGGCCCGCGCCGGCGAGAACGUGCUGGUGGUGGGCGGCGUGUCGCCAGUGGCACAGGCCUGCAUCCGACUGGCCUCAGCCACCGGCUGCACCGUCUUCACCACGGCGGGCAACGAGGCGCAGCGCAGGGAGGUGCUCACCCUGAACCCCCAGGUGCCCGCCGAGCGCGUCCUCCGCCACGACAGCAACGCCUUCAACUACCACAUCAUCAAGAUGGUGGGCAGCAAGGGGGUCAAUGUGGCGCUGGUGCCCUACUGCGACCACAUCCUCGAGUUGAUCUGCAGGUCCGCGUCCCUCAACACCAGGAUCGUCACGACGUCCACCAAGAACGCCCUCGCGCACCACAUCGGCCUGCACAUGUUCCUUAUCUCGACGGAACUGUUCGGGGUGAGCCCCGAGGGGCUGCUGAGGAUGACGCCGCGGGACAAGCACGCCGUGCGGGGCGCGGUGCUGGAGGGCAUCACGACGGGGGUGGUGAAGCCGCUGCGUGCGUGCAUGGUGGACUCCGUCGAGGACGUCAAGACCCCCCUGCCCGCCGCCACCAAGCAGCUGGUUUGCCUGCACGACGGCACAGCCACCAGCGCCACCGGCGUCAGCGCCCCGCGACGGCCAGGUUCGUCGCCCCCGGGCGCGGCCUUCGCCAUCCUGGGCGGCCGCGUGGACUCCCUCGUCACUCUGGCGCGCGCCGCCUCCGCCAAGGGCUCCAGCGUGGUGCUCGCGGCCCACAGGGACGUCACCACCGCCUCGGCCGCGGCGGCCCGGGCCAGGUUCGUCCCCGCCAUGCGGCAGACUACGUUCGUGCCGCUGCCCAAGGCGCACGCCGACACCAAGCAGUUCCUCAACCUCGCCUCCAAGGCCGAGGGCCUCAAGGCCAUCGUCAUCAACCUGGAGGACGCCGCGGACCGCACUCUGACGUCGCUGCUGAACGCCGCGCUGCCGUCGGUGAACGGCGCGAUGCGGGGAGUGCGGCUGCUGGUGCUGACGGACAGCCUGGCGCUGGGCACCGAGACCGUGGAGAAGUGGCGGCUCAUGGGGCUGCCCGCGUGCGCGCUCGUCGGCGACGCCCGCCAGGUCGCCAAACUCCUGCCCAGCCUGCUCACCAUCAGCGAACUUCCGACCGCCGUCGUGGCCUACCAGCAAGGCACUGACUGCCGAGUGGCGCUGGGCGCCCCGACGUACCGCUCCCUCCGCGGGGACGUGGUGGAGAAGCUGCGCGCGAGCAGGGCGGCGCAGGGCCGCUGCAUGGUGGAGGUGGCGACCCUGGCGCCGCGCCUGCGCUACCGCCACCACCGCCUCGAGCCGCUACCCCUGUUCGCGGUGAGCGGCCCCGGCCUCACGCCCAGCCUGCUCGCCGACACGGCGGCCGGCCUGCUGUCGCCCCUCCUCGUCGGCUGCCCCGGGGACCUCACCGCGGAGCUGCUCGCGCAGGAGAUCCUGCUGCUGCAGCCGCGCGGGCCCUGGGCGCUGUGCGGCGACGCCGAGAGCGCCGAGAUGCUGCUGAGCGCCGCCUCCCUGGUGGAGCGGAAGGCGGGCAGGCCCAACUGGCAGGAGGUGGUGCACCUCGCCCUGCUGGAGGUCGGCGGCGACCUCGCCAAGGCCAUCGGGAACCAGGCCGACCACAUCGCCGGCCCCCUGCACCUCAUCCGGCACCACGAAGAGGAGCAAGUCAAGAGCACGAUACUGAACGAGAACAAGACGCGGCAUUUCGUCGCCAACGCGCAACACAUCGCCACGGUCAUGAACGAGUCACUGCUGUCGCCGCUGUCGAAGAUCAUUUCGUGUUAGAGGUUAGGUUUGGAAGGACGAACGUAGGUCGGAGUGGGGGCACGUCCUUGAAGAAGAGGACAGUAGUGAGACACGUAUACGCACGUGAUGUGUGGGAAGGCAGUCAGGGUGAGCUUUUUCUCGGCUAAACAUGUCUUCGCUGUAUUUUUGUGACUUACAGAAAUAGAUAUUGUUUCGUAUUAGUAGUUAUAGCAUAACAUUAAAGUAGAAAUGCAACUUUCCGUAAUGCGGUAAUUUCCAUUUCGACGACUUUUUGUUAAUUGCUGCGGUAUCAGGCCCUAACCCAAAAUGUCACAUUUCACUUUCCAGUUAGAAUCGCCACAGACUUUUUAAACUUUAAAGCCAUGUUAAGAUUUAGUAACAGGAAACCAGGAGAUUGUUAACUUUGUGAACGAAAUAGACCACCCAAGUAAAACGA